AUGGCUAAAGUUGCCUUCAAGGAAAGCAAAACGGCAACGGAUAGUGACGAGGUGAGUAGUGAUCAGUCCAUGAGUGGCUUGCCACAGGAGAAGAUCAAUCAUAACUCGAUUCGAACUCUCACUGGCUCAAAUUAUAAGAAAUGGAGAGAAGAUGUGGAAAUUGCUCUUGGACUUCUGGAUUAUGAAAUGGUUCUCAAUGAUGAAGCUCUAUCAGUGCCUGCAAAUGAUGCAUCUGCUGAGACUAAGGCAAAAUAUGCAAAGUGGAUUAAGGCCAAUAAAAUGGCAAUUCUGAUCAUGAGGAGAUCUAUUUCAGAAGAAGUCAGAGGCAGUAUUACUGAAAUUGAGAAUGCUAAGGAGUUCAUUGAAGCUAUUGCAGAAAAUUUCUAA